AAGCAGUAUUGAAAAUUUAUUAAGUCUUAAUGUAAAAACUUCAGAUAUUCUUGCUCAAAAUGCAAGAAUCGUAAAAAAUGUGUUUGGAAAUCAUAUCUUGAUUGGAAACUCCAGAGUAUUGCUUACUGCAAUAGAUAUUACGAAUAUUAAGAAACAAAUACUACAAAAAAGCUGGAAUAUAAAUAUUAAACAUGAUGUAGCAAAAAACUUGGACCAUUUGCUUGGACCGAAUACAGAUUUAUCAGAGCUCAAGGAUGCGUAA